CUUUCUUGCGUGUGCAUGUUUUGUGGUUGCGAGUUGUGGUCGCGAGUUCUACACGAUGAUUGUGAUAAAUUGAAGUGAAGAAGUGCAUUUAAAGAUUCGAUGAUGGUCUUGGACCAUUUGAAAUCAAGUUAUUUUCCAAAGACACAUAAGACUAAGUGGAUUAAAGCUCCGUGUAUACGUAAGAAAGCUUCAAACGUAUUUGAAGCUUUCGAGGCCGUGUUCAUGGAACUAUGAACCUAGACUCGUUGUCUUUUACUUUGUCACAAAUAAGUUACUCCGUUGCAACAUUAACUAAAAAAAAUUAUAAGCAAGUCGUCGAAGACCUUACGAAGCUCGUUUCUUGCCACGGCCUGGAGGCAGACCGUCAUUUGCUCCAAUGCCUGUUUUCGUCUGUGGAUUUUUCCGAGUCGACAAGUAAGGUCUCGGCUCCAUCUCCACAAAAUCAGGCCUUACUGGAACAGUGUUCUAAUUUGCUGAACAAACCGUCACUGUUAUCUGCUGCUUGUUACAUUAUAGACAACCCUUUGGUUAAUCAUAAGACCCUAAAAGUUAACCAGCAGUUCUUUCAACAGUUAAGCAAGUGCCUUCGUCUUUCAGCUGUUCAAGAAGUAAUUUUUGCUCUUGCAUUUUGCCAUUCUACCAACAGCGAGCUCGUGAGUUUGGCGCAGGCUCACUUGCACACAAGCGUACCCGCGUUGGUGCAGUCGUACAUUGACACAGAAGGCAGCAGUAGACAACACGAAGGCGGUCUGCACGAGACCACGCCGGAAGUUCUACACUUGAUAUUGUCGGCAAUCCUCAAGAACCCGAAAGAGGUCGGACUGACCAACGAAGUACAUUUGACGUUUUUGAAGACCCUGCAAAAGGAUUUUCCCAAGGAGCGGGUCCCGGUUGUACUCGCUCCGCUAGCUUAUUCUGAACACAGUGAAUUGGCACCAGAAAUGACCUCAGAAGGCCCCGGUCUGUCCGGGGGUAUAUUGGACACUUCGAUCGCCGACCUUAUCACGGAAAUCGGAUACAGCUUCACCGCCUCGCUGGAGGAAUGCCGCACGAACCUGUUGAAACUGGGCGGGCGGGAUAUCUCGCCGGCCGUUGUGGCGCGCGUCCUCGCCGUCAUGUGCCGGACGCACACCGGCCUAGACGACGCCCUGUCCAUUCAGACGCCGGGCGGGGCGUUCUCGAAAGGCGGCGACGGCAGGAGCGCGGGCGGGUCGUGGAACGUCGAGAUAUUCGUGCAGGCGCUGAAGGAGGUCGUGCCGAAUUUCCAAUGGAACACAGUCGUCGCCGAAUUGGAUCAUGCGGACUUUAUAUUGAAAGAUCGACAAGGCCUAUGUAUAUUGAUAAACACCCUGCGACAAGGUCUCCAGACGUUCGGCUUUCACCCGGAGACUUUCCCUAUCGAUCAGUUCUAUAAAAGAUGGUCAAACGUAGAGGGACAGUACAGCCUUAUACAAUGCAUCCUGAAGAAUCCGGACGUGUUCUGUUUCGCCGAUUACUCGUGCGUUCCUGUAGCCGUGGACGUUCUGAAAACGCCGCCGGAACAAGACAGCAAAGAACUGGCGAACUGGCGUUCGCUGAACCUGGUCGAACUGCUGUUGAACGUUUCCGAAUGCGGUCUGUACAGCCACGUUCAGGAACUGUUCAAGAUUCCUGUACAUAGCUGCCCGGAUGUGCUCGUGUUGGCGCUGCUUCAGAUAUCCGGUCCGGUUACGCUGUUACGGCAAGAGCUGCUGACGAAUUUGAUCCCGAUCUUUCUCGGCAACCACCCCAAUUCCGCGAUCAUUCUCCAUCAUGCUUGGCAUACGCAGAACAUCAACAUCAAGCCGAUCAUCAUGCACGCCAUGGCCGAAUGGUACGUGAGAGGCGACUGCGACCAAACCCGGUUAUCGCGUAUCCUCGACGUCGCUCAAGACCUGAAAGCGCUUUCGAUGCUGCUGAACGCUCAAUCGGCGCAAUCCUACCCGUUCAUAAUCGACCUGGCGUGUCUAGCGUCACGCAGAGAAUAUCUGAAGCUAGAGAAGUGGCUCUCCGACAAGAUCACCGAACACGGCGAAGCGUUCGUGAUGGCCUGCGUCAAGUUCCUGCAUCGCAGGUGUCCGCAGAUCAGCUCCAAAGAGGACACGCUCAACAAACUCGUCCCGCUGCCCACCGAGACCCUCACCACCAUGAUGGUUUGUCUACAAAGGUGCAUGACUAGCGUAAGCCCGGAAUGCCAAGAGGCGGUGGUGAACAUUGUUACCCACUGCUCGUUGAUAUUGAAAUCGAGACAGCAACAGCAACCACCUAACUUGAUGAGAGGCAGGGGCGUCGAAACGGGCGCCAUCAAUCCGUCCGUGUUUGCCGGCCAGCUGUACAACCACAGCGCCAUCGAUACCAUACCCGGACUAAAUUCGAAUCUGGCGGGACUCAAUUUGACAGGAUCCGCUAGUUCGGCGUUCAAUUUGCAAGGUGCCGGUCUGGGUCCUCUAGUGCCGUCUCCGGGCUCGCCGUCCCGCAUCCUCGGCACCGCCGGCUCGUCGAACAGCCCGUUCCCGAUCCUACCGCCGAUGAACACGCACGCGGGCGGCGCCGGCCAGCUUGCGACCGGGGGCGGCGGUGCCGGUGGCGCUCCAGCGGUCGCCGCAAGCGCCGCCACAGCCUCGUCGCUCGUUCUCGGCGUCAACCAGAUGAACGUCGCCGGCCGGAUGCUGCCGGACCCGUCGGCUAUCGAUAAGGCGCGCCUGCCCGAAUACAACCUCUUCCCGGACAUAUCGCCGCACGUUUCCAAGGAGAUCGAAGACGAGGCGAACAACUACUUCCAGAGGAUUUACAAUCAUCCGCCGAAUCCGACGCUUACGAUCGACGAGGUGCUCAACAUGCUGAAGCGGUUCAAGGAUUCGCACGUUAAGAAGGAAAAAGAGGUGUUCAACUGUAUGUUGAGGAGCCUUUUCGAGGAAUACAAGUUUUUCCCGCAAUACCCGGACAAGGAACUGCACAUUACUGCCCAGCUGUUUGGCGGAAUAAUCGAUCGAGGCAUCGUACCGUCGUACCUCGUUCUCGGCUUGGCGCUCCGGUUCGUCUUGGAGGCGUUGAAGAAAGCCGAAGGCUCGAAAAUGUACUAUUUCGGUAUCGCUGCGCUAGACAGAUUCAAGAGUCGCCUGAAGGAGUAUCACAAGUAUUGCGAACAUGUCAGAGCCAUACCGCACUUCAGCGAGUUUCCGCAACAUUUGCAGGAAUACGUGGAAUACGGUCUCCAAAGAAUGGAACCACCUCACAACCCUGACGGUCCAGUUCUUCCGCCGAGUCUUUCGGCCAUGCUAACGCCACCCACCACAUCUUCUAACGUCUACAAAACGAGCAGCACGACGAGCACGGUGGCUCCGGCGAAAGUCACUACCACCCCUGCGAGUACUCUCGGUAGUAGACCUUCGAUCGCGAAUGCGACCAACAUCGACACGCUCCUCGUAGCCACCGAAAAGGAGGAGAAAGCGGUCGCGCCACCGGACGCGAUGCAAGAUAAAGUUGCGUUCAUAUUCAACAACUUGAGUCAAUUGAACUUGAAACCAAAGUGCGACGAAUUGAGAGACAUAGUCUCCGAUGAGUACUAUCCGUGGCUGUCGCAGUACUUGGUGAUGAAACGGGCUUCCAUCGAGGUCAACUUUCACGUGCUCUACUCGAACUUUCUCGAUACGCUAGGCAACCUGGGGCUGCUGAAGCUCGUCACGAAGGAGACGUUCAGGAACAUCAGGGUGCUUUUACGAUCCGACAAAGCGAUAGCUAACUUCUCCGAUAGAUCGCUGUUGAAAAACCUGGGUCACUGGCUGGGCAUGCUGACGCUAGCCCGGAACAAGCCGAUUUUGCAGAUAGACCUCGAUCUGAAAUCGCUCCUGGUCGAAGCUUACCACAAAGGGCAACAGGAACUGCUGUACGUCGUACCUUUCGUAGCGAAAGUAUUGGAAUCGUGCGCGAAAAGCAAGGUCUUCAAAGCGCCCAACCCUUGGACGAUAGCUCUGAUGAACGUAUUGGCCGAACUGCAUUCUGAAACCGAUCUGAAACUGACGCUCAAGUUCGAAAUCGAAGUUUUGUGCAAGCACCUCGACAUCGACGUGACUCAGCUGAAACCGUCCGUGUAUCUGAAAGAUCCUGAACGAAUACAAAAAAUCGAAUUUCAACUGUCGCAGCCCGUCAAGAAGGAGAUCACACAGCAGGCCGCAAACCAAGGAAUGAACGAUCCAGAAUUGGUUAACAUCAUCCCAGGGCAACAGAUAAGUUCUCCGGUGAUCCAGAACAGCAGCAGCACACCGACGUCUUCAAUGGCAGCGCCGCCGGAGCCCCGCUUCGGGUAUUCCGAUAUCCAGAUAGCCGGCAUGCAAGCUUUCCAAACGCACACCGUCGUCUCGCCGUCCAUCUUGCUUUUCCAGACUCAGCCACAGCUGAAGGCGCUGGUGAGAGCGUCCAUCGAAAGGGCCGUGCAGGAGUGGAUCGCGCCCGUAGUUGACAGGUCGAUCAAAAUAGCAUUGCAAACCUGUGAGCAAAUUGUAAGGAAAGACUUCUCCCUCGAUCCAGACGAAAACAGGAUUCGACUAGCUGCCCAUUACAUGGUUAGAAACUUGACAGCGGGCAUGGCAAUGAUUACGUGCCGGGAGCAAUUGCUGUCCGCAAUCAACACGCACCUGAAACAGGCUUUGCUGGCACAGCUGGUCUCUCCCACCGCGCAACAGAAGGACAUGAUCGAACAGGCCGCCAGCGUGAUAGCGAACGACAACAUGGAGCUGGCGUGCGCAUUCGUGCAAAAGACGGCGGUAGAAAAGGCGAUACCCGAAAUCGACAAACGGCUGAUGAGCGAGUACGAGUUGAGGAAGAUGGCGCGGCAGGAAGGGAGAAUAUUCGAUUGCAGACGUUAUUGCGACGCUAUCGCCCUGACGUACCAAGCCGAGCGCAUGCCCGAACAAAUCCGCUUGAAAGUCGGCGGCGUGGCGCCGAAUCAGAUGGCCGUCUACGAAGAAUUCGCGCGCAACAUCCCCGGUUUCCUGCCUUCCGAGCGAGACGCCGCAGCCGCAGCAGCGGCGGCGGCCGCGGUCGUGCUGGGACAGAAACAGCCGAUAGGUGGCGCCGGCGGACAGCUCGACGCGGCGGUCGCGCUUGCGCAGCAGCAGCAGCAACAACAGCAGCAGCAACAGCACCCGCCGCCACAACAGCCGCCUCACGCGGCGACGCCGUUUCAGAUCGCGCAGGCGCAACCGCAACAGCCGCCCGACGAUUUGGCGUUGUCGCUGCUCUACGAAAAGCUGAUCGUUGAGAUUGAACAAUUCGUGCAGUUGACCGCCGGUCAAGGACAAUACAACCACAUGAAUGCAAAUAUGCUUGUAAUAAGAGAUAACCUCAUGUAUACAUUGAGAAACAGAGAUUUGGCUCCACCUCAAGCCAUCGUACAAAAGUGCGUCGAGAGCCUUCAAGACUGCUUGGUGCCAGCUCUGAGCGACGCCGAUCCGGUUACGUUGCGCUUCAAGGAUCUGAUCACGCGCAUCUUGAAGACGAUGCAGGACCCGCGCGUGUACGGCCAGCAGUGGACGAACAAGCUGGUGACGCGCUGCCUGACCGAAUGCAGAGAGGAACAGCAACGGUACAACAUCGACGCCGUCGAUACGCUUAUCAAAUCGGGCCUGGUCAACGUGCCGCAGUACGAUAUGGCGUUGGCGCAAUGCAUGGAGAACGGCUUGAACUAUAUGGGCGUCAGUUUCGUUAUGCAGUUGAUGCAGCUGUAUCUGAUCGAUGAUAGAUCAGGACAGUUUGUUACUGAAAGCGAUUUGUGCAACACAAUAGACAUGCUAGCAAAAAUACAAACCCACACUCGCCAACCACCUGAAGGACUUGGCAGUAUAAUCGAUAUUUUGAGACAAAACCACGAAUCAUCUUUCUUUGUAGAUAAAGCGCCCAUGGGACUUAACCUCCAGAUUCACAAUGGAAUUUUGCAAGUGAGAGUUUCCAACUACGAAGAUCCGCCGGGCUUAGUGGAGAAAACCGAUCAGCUUCUGCGUGAUUGGAUCACGAUCUACCAUUCGAAUCACGGUCGAGACUCGACGAAAGCGUUCAGCAUGUUUGUGCAUCAAAUGAACGUUUACGGUAUCUUGAAAACCGACGAUCUGAUUACGAGAUUCUUCAGGCUGUCGACGCAACUGUGCGUCGAAACCGUCUAUAGGAUACUCGCCGACAAAUCGAAUCCGAAUAUGACUUUGCAGAGGCAGAAGUGCUAUCAUACGCUAGAUGCGUUCGUCAGAUUAGUCGCUUUACUAGUAAAACAUUCAGGCGAUGCUAGUAAUACACAAACGAAGAUCCACUUGCUCAACAAAGUAUUGGGAAUCGUCGCCGGCUGUUUGCUACAAGAUCACGACACUCGUCUGACGGAAUUCCAUCAACUACCGUACCAACGAAUUUUUACUAUGCUGUUCAUGGAACUCAAUGCUCCAGAACCGGUGCUCGAGGGCAUAAACUACCAUGUGCUGACCGCCUACUGCCACACGCUGCACAUCUUGCGUCCCUGCAAAGCGGCAGCGUUCUGUUACGCGUGGCUGGAACUGGUAUCUCACAGGGCGUUCGUCGGUAGGAUGUUGGCCAGCAGUCCACAGCAGAAGUGCUGGCCGUUGUACGCGCAGCUUCUCAUCGAUCUGUUCAAGUAUCUGGCGCCGUUCCUUAGGAACGCCGAACUCGCGAAACCGGUCACCAUCUUGUAUAGGGGCACGCUCAGAGUGCUGUUAAUCCUGCUCCACGACUUCCCCGAGUUCUUGUGCGACUACCAUUACGGCUUCUGCGACGUGAUCCCGCCGAAUUGCAUCCAGAUGCGCAACUUGAUCCUGUCCGCGUUUCCGCGCAACAUGCGCCUGCCCGAUCCGUUCACGCCCAACUUGAAAGUGGACAUGCUCACCGAGAUCUCGUACAGCCCGCGCAUCUUCACCAACUUCGCGAUGAUGAUACAACCGGCGCAGUUCAAAAAGGACCUGGACACCUACCUGAAGACGCGCGCUCCCGUCACGUUCCUGUCAGAGCUGAGAAGUAAUCUACAGGUCUCCAACGAGCCAGGAAUCCGAUACAACAUCCCGUUGAUGAACGCGUUGGUACUGUACGUCGGUACUCAAGCGAUUGCAUAUAUUCGCAACAAAUCACACACACCGAACAUGUCGACAAUCGCUCAUAGCGCGCACAUGGACAUCUUCCAAAACUUAGCUGUCGAUUUGGACACGGAGGGUCGAUACCUGUUCCUCAAUGCGAUUGCCAACCAGCUUAGGUAUCCAAAUAGUCACACCCACUACUUCUCGUGCACGCUACUAUAUCUGUUCGCUGAAGCGAAUACGGAGGCGAUCCAGGAGCAAAUAACGCGCGUCCUGCUGGAACGACUGAUCGUGAACCGACCUCAUCCGUGGGGUCUGCUCAUCACCUUCAUCGAGCUCAUCAAGAAUCCCACCUACCGCUUUUGGCAGCACGAGUUCGUCCAUUGCGCGCCAGAAAUCGAAAAGUAAGUGUUACAUGCAUGCCGUCCAUUGAAUUCGUUCUCAGAUAAAUCAUCUCGAAAGUGCUGUCAAACAUUUGUUAUGCGAAAUAUAUCUGUUGGAAAAAGUCGUGUGUUAUUGUCUUUUAGAAUGUUGUGUGGUGUCGCGUGUUAUGUUAGAUCAGUAUUGUUUGGGGGGGCGCUUUACGUCUGUUUAGCAUCAUUCGUAAGGAAAGAGAAAGUGGUAGACAAGGACCGGUCGACCAAGGCGGUACCACAUAUAGAGUCUUAAGAAUGUCAGCAUGUUUCAUCGUCUAAGCUACGCAGUCAGUUACGAGGGAUGUCUUAAGUUUCGCAUAUGGAAAUGAAACAACACGGUGGGUAGUUUUAAAUGACUUUAUUGUGCUGUGUGCGAGCUUGCAUUGUCUUGGUGGGGGAUGAUUUUUCAAAGCUCUGUGAUGACUUUUGGCAAACAAAUGGUGGUAUACCAAUCCGCAGUAACAGUUCUUUGCUCAUUAAGAGGAAUUGUUGCAAUAUGACCCGCUU